AAUUAUGGGACCAUACAUACUAGUCGUCAUCCUUACAAUACAUUCCGCAUCAGUCAGUGGUCUAGAGGAGAAUGCUACCAAAUCUGAAUUCCCUGAUAAAUCAUUAGAAACAAUCAUUCACCCAGAUUCUGCAUUAACACUUGGAGAGUCUAAGUCAAGAACUAGAUUUGAGGAGGAUACAGUGACGCAAAUAAAACCCAGAAGACAAUAUGGACUCAUUAAAUUUGAACAACAGUCGGGUCAAAAAUUCAAAUUUGAUGACGAAUUCCAAGAGCAAUCCGGUCAAAAAUUCAAAUUCGAUGACGAAUUCCAAGAGCUGUCCGGUCAAAAAUUCAAAUUUGAUGACGACUUCCAGGAACAGUCCGGUCAAAAAUUCAAAUUUGAUGACGAAUUUGAAGAUGACUUGGGUCAAAAAUUAAAUUUUAAUGACAAAUUUAAUAAACAGUCCAGUCAAAAGUUCAAAUUUGGAGAUGAUACCAAUAAUAAACCUUUUACAGUUGACGACAAUAAUUUGCAAGGUCCUAAAUUUCAAGGAGACAGUGGUAUUUACAAUCAAAUUGGUAAUGGAUAUCAACAGGAUAAUAAAAUAGAAAAUCAGAAACCAACAAAGAAAAAGAAAAGAAGGAGACGUAGAAGGAAGCCAAGAUAUCAGUUCGGUGGAUAUCCUGGGAUUCAGUCUCCUGCUGGUUUACCUCAAGGGUUACCUGGUCAAGCGGGGCAGUACCCUAUCAAUCCUGGGUUAUUGGCUCAGCCCCAAGGUCAGGUACCUUAUCCUUAUCCAAAUGCAGUUGGACCGGGACAAUUUUAUCGUCCUCCCAGAAGACCACAGCCCUCAGCAGCUUCUCAAGCGCUGUCAACGAUCACGGGAGCUCUCAGUUCUAUUGCGUUGUAUGAUGAUUACCAAUGUGUACCGAGACUGUUGUGUGAGGCUGCAGGAGGUGGAACCCUGGGAUCUGGAGUGCUGCAGUCUGUUGGCGGACUACAGCCGUUACUCACUUUGCUGGCAGCCUACAAUGGUAUCAGUACAUCCCCGCUCUUUGUAUUUGGUCGGGCAGUCCUCCUCGGGAUGACUUCCAAAGGCAAUACCGGGACCUGCAGAUAUGCCUACUCUCAAUGUCCAACAGAUCCUGAACAACUUGUCCACUACCUCAACAAUCAUAAUGGCGGAUUCUUUAGAUUCUUCAAUGCUCCUCAAGUGCCAAAUCCUCAGGUUGGACAGCAGAAUGUGGAGCAAUUCUAUAAUCAACUUUCUGUACCUCAAAAUUAUGGGUUAUAUACGCCCAAUUUAAAUUCUGCACAGAAUUAUGGAUUAUAUCAGCCGGUUGUUAAUCCCGGAUAUGCAGAUCAAAAUUAUGGACUGUACCAGCCUAGUCAUAUUCCACCAUAUCAAGGAAGAUAUAAAGAUGAAAUCUUCGAUGAUAAUGAAACUCCAAAAUGGCUAUUUCCUGAUAAUAAUAAAGUUAAUAUAAAUAUGAAUUAUGUUAGGGAUGGAAAAGCUUUAAAAUUCCCUGAUGAGGACACAAAUGUAAAACAUGAUAAUGAAAAUGAUUACAAUACUGAUGACAGGAAAGGUAAAGGGUUCAAUUUUCCAGAUCAACUUACUAAUGUCAAGUAUGUUGAUUAUAAUGCAUUCCCACCUAUAAAUCAUAUUAACAAUAAUAACGCUAACUAUCAAAAUACACAUGUGUUGAGUGAUCCUAAUUAUUAUAAUGUAAAUACACCUGCUAUAAGUAACAAUGUUUACAAUAGAGAAAUACAUUAUAAUGCUGUAAGUGCAGCCAAUAAUUAUAAUACAAAUUUUAAUGAUAAUAAUGUAGUAGAAACAGUAUAUAUAGUUAGAGGUAAUGGUGAUCCGAAUCAUCCAGAAAUUGUUAAGGUAAAGCCGGGACAAAGUAUACAAUAA